CCCAGUCAGCCCUAGAGCCGGCUCUGCCUGCGCUCAGGCUUUGCGAGGCUGGAGCACAAAGAGCGCUUGUUGCCCCGGUCCCCGGGAGUCUCCCAGCGCUACCACUAGCUGGGGAGGACUGGUUACCAUGGAGGCUGCCAUCUGUUCACUCCCUGCUGGAAUGUGAUUAUCCUCGCUGGGUUGGGAACCAGCAAAAGCAGGGGAGCGUGUGCUGUCGGCAAUUAUCUGCAAUGGAGUGCGUUAAUGGAAGGCUGGAAUUAGCUAGCUGGAGGAGCACAUGAAAGGAUUUUACCAAAACUGUUAAUGAUUUCUAGCCAAGAGGAGCAAGCUUUUUGCAAGAGUUCACUCUUUUCUCUAAAAAGGCUGCUUUGCGUUGCUUGUGCGUCUCCUCUGAGCACAGGCUUGCCUUCCGAGAGGAGGAGCAUGGUGUGACGAGAGACCCCGCAUGUGAACUCACAGCGCACACAGAGCGGCUGGGGAGAAGUCCUGUCUGGCAACUUGUCGGGCUUGUAAAUGGGACAAAUGUGAGCCUCUCGUAGGGCUAUUACCAUUGCAAAAUCAGUUCCUCGUGCAGUGUACUGGAUCACAUUUGCAAACAAUGUCUUCUGAGCCAGGCAGCAGCGUCUGUCCAAAGCCCUUAAUACUGUCUAGAGCUUGUGCAGCGAGUGCCACAGCCAGGCUUGUGGAGCAGAAUGUACGCAAUGAAGCAGCUCAGGGAAUAAAUGGAAGUGUGCCACUCAAAAAGUCCCCACAUUCAGCUUCAAGUCCAAAGCCACAAGUGCCUCCAAAGCCAAUUCAUCUGCAGAAGGCAACAUACCAAACCCCUAGGCAUAAAGCUUUAACAAAUCAGAAACCAAGAAUGGAGGAAGAGAGACCUGCUGCUGUUUCUAGUGUCACAAAGGAAAAGUCCAGUAAAGUGUCAGAUCUCAUCAACCGUUUUGAGGGAGGCAGCUCACUGAAUCCUAGUGAUUUGAAGAAAGAUUCCUCUGUUCUGCACAUUACUAAAUCUCAAGGAAGAUAUGGGUCCACACCAUCACCUCAGCCAAAACUCCCCUUCCAGCACUCGCUACAGAAACAGGGAAACAGUAACACUGACAAAACUCAGGUUGCACAGCUCCCCACGGCCAAUGGCAUUGUAGCACAGGACCAGCCCGAAGAGGAGGACCAGGGAUUGCUGGACCAUGGCUCAGCCAUGUCCAGCCCAGUGCCGGAUGAUGCCACGGACAGCAGCUUGAUAAACGGGGAAGGAGAAAGCACUUGCAGAGAGUCCUUGCAGAGUGUGACUGCCUGUGAGGAGCAGAUGCUCAACAGCUGCCGCAGGACUCCGAGCAGUGACACGCUGCUCCCAUCCGAAAGUGAACCUCCAGAAAUUAAUACCAGUGUCAAGGAAGAACCAGCUGAGGAAAGUAGUAAACAAGAUCAACCUGUAGAAACAAAGGAGACAGACGAGCAGAAACGUCACAAAAUUGCCAAUGAACUUCUGCAAACAGAAAAAGCCUAUGUUAGCCGGCUUGAUCUCCUAGAUGGGGUAUUCUAUUCCAGACUCCUUGAAGAAGCCAACAGAGGUUCAUUUCCACCUGAAGUGAUAAAUAAAAUCUUUUCUAACAUUUCAUCAAUAAAUGCCUUCCACAGUAAAUUCUUACUUCCGGAACUUGAAAAACGAAUGCAAGAAUGGACUACUACCCCUAGGAUUGGAGACAUUCUGCAAAAGUUGGCUCCUUUCCUCAAGAUGUACGGCGAGUACGUGAAGAAUUUCGAUAAUGCAAUGGAACUGGUAAAAACGUGGACUGAACGGUCACCUCAGUUCAAAUUCAUUAUUCAAGACAUACAGAAGGAAAAAGUAUGUGGAAAUUUGACAUUGCAACAUCACAUGCUAGAACCAGUCCAACGCAUUCCACGCUACGAGAUGCUUCUAAAGGACUACCUAAGGAAAUUGCCUCAGGAUUCCCUAGACUGGAAAGAUGCUGAAAAAUCCUUGGAAAUUAUAUCCACUGCAGCAAGUCACUCGAAUAGUGCAAUAAGAAAAAUGGAAAAUCUAAAGAAGUUGUUAGAGAUAUACGAGAUGCUGGGAGAAGAGGAAGACAUUGUGAACCCUUCAAAUGAGCUGAUAAAAGAAGGACAGAUCCUUAAACUGGCUGCUCGCAACACAUCUGCUCAAGAGCGGUAUCUUUUCCUGUUUAACAAUAUGUUGCUCUACUGCGUUCCCAAAUUCAGCCUAGUAGGAUCCAAGUUCUCAGUUCGAACCAGAGUUGGCAUAGAUGGCAUGAAAAUUAUAGAAACUCACAAUGAAGAAUAUCCACACACAUUCCAAGUGUCUGGAAAAGAGCGAACACUGGAAUUGCAGGCCAGUUCUGAACAGGAUAAAGAAGAAUGGAUAAAGGCACUUCAGAGUACUAUUGAAGCUUUUCAGCAGAGGAAUGAAACUUUCAGAAACGCUAUCGCUAAAGAAUAUGAAGACAUGCCCGUUGAAGUCUCUAAUGCUGAGCUUGGGAAGAGAGCGCCGAGGUGGAUCCGGGACAAUGAAGUCACCAUGUGCAUGAAAUGCAAGGAACCCUUCAAUGCACUGACAAGGAGGAGGCACCACUGCCGAGCAUGUGGACAUGUGGUCUGCUGGAAAUGUUCUGAUUACAAAGCACAUCUUGAAUAUGAUGGCAAUAAAUUGAACAAAGUCUGUAAGGAUUGCUAUCAUGUAAUAAUUGGUUGUACAGACAGUGAAGAAAAGAAGAGGAAGGGCAUUUUGGAGAUUGAAUCUGCAGAAGUCUCUGGAAAUAGUGUCAUAUGUAGCUUUCUUCAGUACAUGGAGAAGUCCAAGCCAUGGCAGAAAGCAUGGUGUGUCAUACCCAAACAGGAGGCUCUUGUGCUCUACAUGUAUGGUGCUCCACAGGAUGUUAAAGCUCUGGCUACAAUUCCUCUUCUGGGCUACACAGUGGAUGACACUCCAAAAAGUUCUGACCUCCCCCACAGCUUCAAACUGACCCAGUCCAAGUCUGUGCACAGCUUUGCUGCAGACAAUGAGGAACUGAAACAGAAGUGGCUAAAAGUUAUCCAUUUAGCUGUCAAAGGUGAGACACCAGAAUGUCAAAAUGAACUGCAAGUGAAUUUAGAAGAACAGCCUGAAUCUUCUAAAAGAUCUGAAUGCUGAAGCUCAAGAACACAUGACAUUUUUAAAAGAUUUCAGUUGAAAUUGUGGUUAACCUUGUUGUUAACCUUUCCUUGUUCAAUCAAGAAAAAAAAUAAAAGAAAAAAAAAAACUUCUUACUACCAUAAACAUCUUGGCACUUUAUGUUUGGGAAAGAAUUCUGGUCUUUUUAGGGAUCUUUUUCUUAUAUUUAUGUUCUGUCAAUAAAAGUAAUGUACAGGUCCAUUUCAGAGACUUUUUUAAAAAAAUGUGAAUGCUAUUAAAAAUAUUAACUUUACUGUACUACUUGUUUGUGGUAAGGCAAUUUUUAAAAAAUCCAGUUGCUCUUCAGUUAACAAUUGCUACUUUCAUUAAGAAUGCAAAUAUUUGAAGCUUUCUACUUGCAUAUUAGGACUUGCAACAGGAUAAAAGAUAUACCUCCACAUUGUCAAAAUACAUCUGUACUUAAAUAUGCAGGGACAGUUAGGUUUGAUGUAUGUAGUCCAUAGAUUGAUUUCCACAGUUCUGUACAUAUGUUGUAUUCACUUGUAUGUUUUUAAUUAAAGUAAUGCAAAUUGCUUUCACAGGUAUAUUGGCUUUUGCAGUUUCAAUUUAUCAAGGAAACAAUCUAGUGAUUUUCAAUCUAGAAAUAAAUACCUGAAAUAUGAGAAAACUAUAUAUAAUAUAUGUACAGUAUUAAUAUGUACAAUACUUGAUUAUUGCUUUGAUUUCAUGAUACUGGUUCUUAUUAGUGAAUAAUUUAUUUUAAAAAAAGCAUGUUUUCUAUUUGAAAUUAAACACAGUCCUAAAUUAAAAAAUACUGUUCAGUGAUUUGUUUUAAUAGAUGACACUCAAUGAUCUUGAUACUUUUAUGCAUCAAAAAAUUAGCAGUAAUGUAAGUGGCAUGCAAUGGACAAAUGAGUUUCAGUUCUGUUUAAAUAAGUAGUCAAUUUUCUUCACUGUUAGCUUUUAAGAGUGCAGUAGUUUCUUGCUCAAAUGCAGUAUGUGGUUUGAGAAAAGCAACAGAUUCUAGUAACCUUCUGGGAAUGUGUGUUUUUGCUAUUAUGGCUAUUGGAGCAAAAGAACAUUUUGAACUUAAGUUUUUUAAUUUUUGUAGAAGAUUAGGUAUUGUUAUGCUUAUUUAUGACAAUAAUCUUCAAGGAUUACUGUUUUAAAGUGGAGCCUACUUUAUAAAAAUUGAAGUCUGAGCUCACAAAUCUGAAAUGUUAUGAACUAGCAUUAAUUGUUUUUUGCUUCUGGGUAUAAGGACUCACUGGCUUUACAAUAUUAAGUUCUUUAUGAACUUCCAUUCCUAUUAGAGUUUUUAUACAUAGAGGCAAAUGACCUCCCUAAAAAAUUUACUGUAAUACACUUGAAUGAAAUAUGGCAAACUCAGAAGUAGUGACUGACUAUAAAUUAAAAUCAUUGCUAUCUUUCCUUUUGAAAUCCUUAAAGGAAGGAAUAUAUGUAACUUCUACAAUCAGCUUGUCAUAAGAACAUUUAGGAGUCCUGCUUCUCAAUAAAUCUGCAAUCUGUAUUUUAAAUCAUGUCAAGCUGAAGAGCUCAGGUUCAGUUUUGUAUAGUAACAUGACAGAUUUAAAUUGUUGGGUUUUUAUAAUGAGUUUGCCAAACAGACUGUCCACUGACCUACUCCUGCUUUACUCUUUCUGCAACACUAUAGGGAAAUAAAACCCAACUCAUUUUUGCAUUUAGGAAGGGAUUAAUAUGUGUUUGUAGCGUCAAGCAUACAUGAGCAUGCAGUGUCCAUCAUUCCUUCAUAAAAAUGUCAUGUAAUUUAAAGUAAGUGGGAUGGAUUUUGCUCUCACCUGCACAGAUCCAUAACCAUAGCCUUUAGAUUCCAGAGCUUUACACCAGUGUUAACAAUGAUCAGGACACAGUUUGGUAGAGUACUAACUCUCCAGCUGACUUCGUGCAUGUCAGUUCUGAAUUCUCUUCCUUGGGUGCUCCCUGUGUCCAGAUUAUUCUGAAUAUAACCCUAGUAUUACUUUUAUCCAAUGGGCAAGCUCUUCUGUAAUUGUCUUAAAGAUUUUAAGUUACUUCUACUGGCAGCUGUGUUUACCUUUAGCAAUGGGCAGCUCAAGCCUGUUUUGAUUCAUGUUGGUGAGUACCAUCAGAUUUUUACUGUGGUAAUAUAAGAUCUUCCUACCUAAUAUAUGUAAUCUUACAUAUACUUUGGCAAGGGAGGGGGAAACAUUCAGGUAAGCAAGUAGAACUCUUGGUGGCUAUCUCUCCUUCACGGCCAUCUCCCAAGAGUGGGUAUCUUCUACAAGAGCCUCAAGUGCAAUUGUGGGAUAUGGAGUUGUCUUACCACAUCCCAAUGUAUAAAAACAGUUUCCCAUGGUCAAGGUGUUGAGCGUAAAGGAAAGAAGUUGCUUUAAAGAAGUAAGUCCUCAGAUAGGAAGGACAAAGCUAUACUGAAAAUACAGUGAUAUGACUGUAGAAUCAAUUAGGUUGGAAAAGGCCUCUAAGAUCACUGAGCCCAGCCAUUGCCCAACACUGCCAAGUCCACCACUAAACCAUGUCCCUAAGUGCCACAUCUACACAUCUUUUAAAUACCUUGUGAAUACUUAAAUACAUCUACACACCUAAUAAAUACCUGAAGGACGGUGACUCAACCCUUUCCCUAGGAAGUCUGUUUCAAUGCUUGACCUCCCUUUUAGUGAUGAAAUAUUUUCUAAAAUCCAAUCUAGCACUCCCCUGGCGUAACUUGAGCCCAUUUCCUCAUCUCCUAUUGCUUGUUUCUUGGGAGAAGAUCCAACCCCCACCUUGCCAUCACCUUUCAGGGAGUUGUAAAGAGUGCUCAAGGUCCCUCCUGAGCCUUCUUUUCUCCAGGCUGAACACCCACAGCUCCCUCAGCCACCUCUCACAGGGCUUGUGCUCCAGACCCUUCACCACUUCUGUUGCCCUACUCUGGGCCCACUCCAGCACUUCCAUGUCCUUAUCCUGCCUUUCAUGUCCCAGAACUGGACAUGGCAUUUGAGAUGCAGCCUCACCCAUGCCAAAUACAGGGGGACCAUCACUGCCCUCAUCCUGCUGGCAUACUACUGCUGAUACAGGCCAGGAGACCCUUGGCCUUCUUGCCCACCUGGGCACACACACUGACUCAUGUUCAGCUGCUGUCAAACCAGCACUCCCUGGUCAUUUUUCACCAGGCAGAUUUCCAGCCUUUCUUCUCCAAGCCUGUAGAGCUACAGGGGUUGCUGCAACCCAGGUGCAGGACCCAGCACCUGGCCUUGUUGAACCUCUUAGAGCAGGCUUGACCCAUUGAUCCAGCCUGUCUGGGUCUCACUGCAGACCCUUCCUGCCCUCCAGCAGGUCAGCUGCGUAGUACAUUCUGUUUUCUAAGCUCCUGCAAAACUAAUUCUAAGCCAGGUAGGAAGCACCAUUCCACUUAAGCAAUUAGAAGCAGUAGUUUCUGUUCUGCCUUAUUGUUAUAGUGGUAUUGAGUAGUUGGCAGCAUCUCCCAGACAAAGCCCUACAUUUGGGCAUAAGCAAUCUGAAAUGAAGUUAGCACUCAGUUGCUUGUUUGGAUGUUAGCCUCACAUUUGCUCUCAGCCAUUAAAUUCUAUAUAGCAUAGGAUAUUUUAUUUAUCCUAGUGAGACCCACUUCAUGUUCUCAUAAUCAAUUGCUUGGUCAGAAUUGUUCUCUUCUGAGUCAGAAUGCCUUAGCACUCAAAUAUAUGGUUCUGUGCGUAUUUUGUGGGAAAAGUAUGUAUUACCAAUAUUAAAGAACAUCAGAAGAUGGAGAAAUUGCUUCUAAAUUUAACCAGCCUGUUGUCUUCAUUCUCCAGAACAAGACAAGCCCUUCUAACAGCAUCCCAAACUUUAAAUUGUAAAUUAUGACUGCAGAGGAACAAAUACAAAGUUGUAGCUGCUGUGGUUUAAGAACUAUGAUGAAAGCAGUGAAAUUAAAACAAUCAUUCUAACAAGGUAGAAGCUGUUCCCAUUUGAAAUAAAUUCUUAAAUUCUUCAAGGAAAAAAAGGCCUUAUAUUUGUGAGCAUAAAGCUCUUUGUGUAAGGAAUAAAUUGUAACUAAGGAUUCAAUCAUAAUGCAUGAAUGCAUGUGAAUGCCUCUGCUGAAUUUUUUAAGUUUUGCAACUCUUGUGUUCAAGUAAUGCUUGUUUCUCACUUUAAAAGUCAUCACUCUUCUGUGCGAUUUAAAGCAGAUCAAAAGUUAUUUUAGUGGUUUUAUGUGUGUUCAACCAGAAUAAGACUUAAUUUUAUCAUUCGCAUUUUUGGAUCAUAGAAGUAUAUUUUUUGAAAUUACUUAUUUUUCCCCCUACCAUGGGAAAAUAGUGUAUCAUGAUUUCUGCAUGUCUGCACCAUUCCUCCAGACCCUCUAAAAAUUCUCUUUUGGUAUCAGGUACUCCUACUUGGUUGAAGAGCUGCUAUAAAACUUGUAUUAUGUAGUAUUUUCAAUCCGUUUAUGCUGAGUAGUUUUGUUUAUUCCAAAGUGUAUUUAACUUAUAUGUGCAAAAUAGAUAUUGAGAGUACAAAACAUUCUCUUCUAUUUGGAGUAGAAUAUUAAUUGCAUGUAUAUAUAGUAGCACCUUUUUAUGCAAAACCAUCUCAAAGUGCUUUAUAAAUCUCCUCAAGGAUUCUUACUCCCUUUCGUAGAAAAGAAGAUUUAUAUUGUUAUCAUGUUUUUAAGUUAUGGAUGAAGGCAAGACACUGAUUAAAUACAGAGUAAAUACACUACCACCUAAGGAUACAUAUAUUAAAACAAGUGGGAAAGAUGUGGAAACACUUGACAGGCUGUUUGGGUUCCUUACCACAUAGCUAGUAUAAAGAUCAUCAGCGUUUCAUUUCAAGGAAAGAUUAAAUAAAAUUAAGAGAAUUAUUUCUUAUACUGAAGGAAAGAGUUUCAGGAAAGAAAGAAACAUUCCAUGUAGAAAUAAUCCUAAGCAAUAACAAAAGGUCUUUCUCCUUAUAGCUGGUAUAAACUAGCACAAGCAUGCUGGAGCUAUUAUACCUUAAAUGAUUUAAAUUCACAUAGAAUCUGCCUUACAUUAUAUAAGGACACUUGUGGAAGAUGAAACUUCCACUACUUCGGGGGCUGCUGAGAUUCCAGGUCUCACCUGGAGUCACAGAGCUCAGGUGAACUUCAGAUGGAGGUAAUUGAUGUAGGGGUGAAUGUAAACAACUGGAAAUAUAUAUCCAAAGUAAAUGAUUGGAGAGAAAUAAUUGUGUGGCAAAACUGACUAUCCUUAAGGUAAAUCCCUUGGUAAAAUGGGCAUCAUUUUUAGUCUCUGUGGUGUACUGUUAUUUGAAAUCUGAAAUAAAAUACAUGGGGUUACUGUUUUUUGUUUUUGUCUAUGGCCCUGUUGGUGUGAGGAAUUUAUCUAGCUAGUUCUGACCCAUGGCACUGUAGUAAGCAUGUAAGUUCCUCAGUCAGGAGUUUUAAUCUGCUCAUCAGAUUAUUUCUGAAAUCCCCUUCCUUUAACAGAUCAUAAGAUUAAUUUAAUGAUUACAUAUGUGUGUGUAUAUACACAUAUGCAUAUGUAUGUGUGUAUAUAUGUGUAUUUAUAUAUUUGAGACUAUUAUUCAGAUGACUUGUUUUCAAGCAGUAUUUUACAAUCAAAAAAUACACUGUGCUGCAUUCAAAACAGAAUGUAUAAUGACUGUGUUGAGUAUGCUUUCCAGAAAAUGAUGGAGAUAGAUCUGCUAUUGUGGAAUAUUUACUAUUUCAGUCCAUAAAAACAAACACAAAAGCCCCCACAAACAUGCUAAUUCCAGUGAGGUAUUUCAAUCAAUCAGCUUCCUUUGAAACCUUGUGAUUAAAUUUCUUUCCAGAAUAGACUAUGGCAUUUUGUUUCACCCCUUACUCUUCCUAGCACAAGUGAAUGUAGAAUAUGUUUUUUCUCAAAAUCCUCAAGGAGAUUUCUUUGAAUAAAACAUGUUUUCAGCCACAGCAUAAUACCAACCUACUUCUGUUUAUAGCUCAUCCUCGUAGAUUCAUUAAGUAUUUAUGAUGGAAACAUUCAGAAAAGAGGGAACUAUAUCAAAGCAUUUUUGCAUCUAUGUGUCCUGGUAUUUUUAAGCCAAACUUGUAGCAUGUAGAGAACAGUUUGCAAUUGAAAUAUUUUUUUCUACCAGUGUAUUUUCUAUUCUGCAGCCCUUAAGGCAGAUUAAUACAUUAAUUUUAGUGGGAGCUGUAUCAGCUGUAAUGUUUGACAUAAGAAUUAUAGGCUACACAUGUUAAUUUCCCUUCAUUAAGGAAGUAUUUAUGAUUUUAAUUGCAAAAACAUUUCUUAAAAGAAAUAGUAAUUGGAAGAAGUGUAAAUUUGUUUUGGUUUUGCAAUAAAGUUAAUAAUAUUAAAAAGGUGAAAUACAAAUUACAUUGUAAGUUGUGCAAAUGUAAGUCAUCAUUUUUAUGGUUAAGAAAUAUAAGAAUGUAAAAAAGUUGAAGAUACUGUACAUAUUUUCUGUAAUAUAUGUAUAUUUGAUCCUAAGGAGGGUGAAGAAUUGUAAAAAUUAAGCACUUUAAUUCAUGUUGAGUACUUAAAAAGAACAGAAAUUUGUAUCCUGUAAAAUAAAAGCAUCAUUAAAUAAGUA